AUGUCAGUUGGCCCUCAAGGUGUUAGACCACUGAUUUGGACAAAGCGCCAUGAUAGUUCAAGCCUUGAAAUCGUCUGUUACCGAUGGGCCAAAGAUAAGACCUGGAAUAACGCUGCACUCCUAGCCUUGUUUGACAACUGAGAACUGUUGCUGGGCAAUGUCUGAGUUGCGUUCAUGUGAAAUUCAUCGUACCACAAACUUGAGACAAAUCUAUGAUCGUUUCCCAGGUCACCUUCAAGGAAAGCGGAGAAAGACUGCGAUGUUGUAUCGCGAGAGGUCAGGUGGAUGAGAGCCGGACUUAAAGGAGCUAUCCAAGUUUAGUAUGUACACACUCAGUGAUUUUGGUGAUUUAAGCAAUCUGAUUGGUUCGCUAUAUCGGGCCAUUCAACAAUAUUCACCUCCUAGCGAGCGGAUAAUGUGUAAGCUCGCUUUUUCCCCCAUUUUUUAGAGAACGAUCUUUUAAAAGUCGACAAAAUCCUAGGGUUGACCUUUUUUAGGCAAGAAAAGACUUCGAAGGAUUCAAAACGGCGUUUUUUCCAUUUACUGUAACUAAGUUUUGUGGUCGAUGGAUUGUUUACAACUCCCGUUUAUUCGCGUAGAAGAGGCCGAAGUUUAGUUAUGACAAACAAAUUUGAAAGCAAAUGUUUGCAGAAAUUCUACGUUUCAAGUAAAUAGGAAAACGAAUGCUACAUGAAGACGACGUCUUACCUCGAGGAACCUAGCCGCCAUAAUUUUUUGUCAACACUUCAUGCGAAGAACGACACAACAAACCUUUUCGGCUAUAAACUUGGCGAGUCAACAGACAACAACAAUCGCCUUCUUUUCUUCUCAGGUAAGGAAACAAUUCAAACUUUUAACGGUUCCAUUAAAGCCAUAACGCUGUUGUUUGCGAAGUAUUAAACUUGUGAAUUGCCAUGUUUGAAAAUUCUACAAAGAUCUAUUUUUAAACUUUCGCGUGAUUUGAUCUGUCAAUCUAAUCCUGCUUUUUAAUGGUUUUCUCUCUGAUUUUUGUUGAGAUCAUUUCGUGUGUAUAUAUAAAAAAACAUUCUUUUGAAUCUCGGUGAAUAGUGGCUUUAGGAAUAUUUAGCUCGCCGCUUUCGCGGCUCGGUGAAUAUUUAGCCACUAUUCACCUCGAUUUCAAAGAAUAAUUCUUUAUUAUUACUGCACAGUCGCAGAUUGAGAACGACCCGUUGUAUGACAGAAAGGUAACCUGAGAUCAGGCUCAAUUUUCUUUUCGCUUUAAUUUGUAAAUAACAUUCCGGCGGGCAAGGCAAAACGAAAAGAGAGCCUGAUACAAGCCUUCUACGAAUCGCCUGCCGCCUACUUUUUUGAUUGAUUGACAUUUGCUGAAUCAGCCAACCAAAAUUACUUCCGGUGCUUUUUUUUUUAGUAUGCAAAUUUUUCAUACGUGGGAAAACUGCAGACUCGCUGACUUAAAAGAUAGCUUUUACGUCUUAAUUUUUUAAACUAAAAAUAAAACAGUGAGCACAAUCACAUUUAACUUCUUACGAGAUUAAAGGAGACCUCGGAGGUUAUUUCUAUUGGCAUUGAAGGUAAAAAGUCUUAGAAAGACGUAAAAGACGGCGACACGCUGUUCUAGUUCUAAUAUUUUGGCUAGGCACGCUCGAAUUUGAAAUACUGAAAUUUCUAUUUUUCUGUUGCCUUUAUAUUUUCCUCUGCAAUUUUGCCCGAUUUGUAGUACAUAAAUCUUUAAAAAUCUUGGAGAAAUAAAUCGCGAACUUUUUCAAAGGAUAUAUAAAUUAUAUCCGAACAAACCAAACGAGUUCUGAAGUACAUUUAAUUUAGCUGGUUUAGUCCCGUGAGUUCACACGCAAUUUGCGAAUUUACUAGCGAAACAAACGUCUGAAAAUAUAUAUUUUUUUUAAAUCCAGGUAAACAUUAUCUGCAAUUUGAAAAGACGAAACGACACUACUAAAAAUGCAUGCUCAACUGACCUAUAAACAAAACGAAAAACAAUAUUACAAACACACUGUGUUGUUGUUUUACUGCAGGUCUGAAAAGCUCGCUAAAUUUAUUAAUUGAAAUUAACAAACAGCAAACAGCCAACGAACGAGGACACCAGUUUUCCUGGUUAAUUUUUUACAAAAAGCGAAGGCAAACAACAAAUCUGUUACCUUAAGACUAGCGCCACUAGCUUAUAAUAAUGCCUAUAAAAAAUUCCUUGAACAGCGAUGCGAUAUUUUUCGUCUAAUAUUUCACCGUUGGCGAUUGAGGUUUCUAUAGCAGUAAGCCUCCGCUUGCGUAACCCGUUCAGAGAAGUCAUUCCCGGCUAAGUUCAAAUGAAACCAAUUUAAGAAGGACACUAUUUUGAUUUGCACUCGUUUGUUGGUAAAUCAAAAUGCACCUUGUUAGCGGUCAACAGCUUGCAGAGGGACAAAACUCCGCGAUACACUUACAUUAGUUCCGUAAAUAAAGCAAAUCCUGAGAAGAUAUGAACAACCAUAUGCAUUUUCGGAAUUUCCAUGGCACAUAUUGAGGCAUAUUUUCCUACCAUAAGACCAUAAAAAAAUAAAAAAGACAGCAAAAGCGAUCCUUCUCUCCGCCGACGGCGGAUCUUUCACGAAACCAACCACGCGAGGAGUAAGCGCUUUCAGCUUCCGGUGAUUCCGAUAGCUAAUCAGAUCUUGUGGCAUUGUUCUAACAGCCAAUCAGCGUUACGGCCAAAAUCUGGGCACAAACGUGAGAGAGUUUGUAUCAGGCCAAAUUUUAGCGUUACCCGUUAUAGAGAAUGUAUGAGAACCGCUAAAAUUGGGCCUGAUGUCAGGUUAGCAGAAAGGGUGAAUCACAAGCAAAGUUGUUUAGUGUUGGCGGGAACCCCAGUAAAACAGCACUUGAAGAAAGGGCUGGUCCGACGAUCCCCACUCUAUCAACAGAGGUCUGGACACAAAAAAAACGGAGGUAAUCGCGGAACAAAGAAACCCGUAACUGCCAGUGAGCAAGGAACUAAUGGAGCAACCGCCAUCAAGGUGAACACUGUAAGGUCUGCAAGGGAGCCCAUGCUAUCUCAAAGUGUUUGGUGUUCCUGUCUAAGGGCGUAGGUUGGCGGAGACGAUUUGGAAGGUUUAAGUCUCUUUGCUACCGAUGUCUGUCUCACACUCAUUUGCAAAGGAACUGCCCAGAAAAGACCAGUUGUAAUGANUGUUUAGUGUUGGCGGGAACCCCAGUAAAACAGUAAAACUUGAAGAAAGGGCUGGUCCUACGAUCCCCACUCUAUCAACAGAGGUCUGGACACAAAAAAAACGGAGGUAAUCGGGGAACAAAGAAACCCGUAACUGCCAGUGAGCAAGGAAGUAAUGGAGCAACCGCCAUCAAGGUGAACACUGUAAGGUCUGCAAGGGAGCCCAUGCUAUCUCAAAGUGUUUGGUGUUCCUGUCUAAGGGCGUAGGUUGGCGGAGACGAUUUGGAAGGUUUAAGUCUCUUUGCUACCGAUGUCUGUCUCACACUCAUUUGCAAAGGAACUGCCCAGAAAAGACCAGUUGUAAUGAAAAAGACUGUGGCCGUCCACAAGAUCACCACUAACUGUUGCAUACUUCGACGAAAAAAGGAGAUUGAGGAUGUUAAAGGUAGUCCUGAGCAGAGUUCCCUGGUAGUGUCCAAUUUGUCAGUCAACAAUGCAACGACAGAAAAUAACAGGAGGAUCUUUGUAUUGCUCAAGGUCAUUCCACUUAGAGUGACUGCUGAAAAUGGGAGAACACUUACUACGUAUGGUAUGUUAGACUCAGCUGCUGCUAGCUCAAUGAUCACUUCUAACAUUACAGACAAACUGCAACUUCAAGGAGUUCCAGAGAACGUUAGCAUUAACACUGUCACUCAAAGAGGCCAAAAUCUUGAACUAUGCAAGGUUAAAUUGCAGAUCAGCUCAGCGAGCCAAGGCGGUGCCUUCCCAGUGUAUCACGCCUUGACAGUGAUAGGUGCAAAUAUGGUGCAAAAAAGUGCAAACUAGGGGGAAAUCAAUAGCAAAGAUGGUAAAUAUCACAUUUGCCUGCCACUUUACAUGGGGUUGUAAAUUUGAGGGCAAAUGCGCUAUUUACCAUCUUUGCCCUUUAUUUAACUUUCUUAGUUUGCACUUUUUUGCACCAAAAUUGCACUGAGUAAAUUUGGUGUGAGUCAAAUUUUUCGUGCAGUGUUGUGGUGGAAUGGUAGUUCAGACGAACCACCUAGUGACUAUAAGAUGAUAGUACAUUUUUUCGGGAAGGCAGAUUCGCCAUGCAUUGCUGCUUGGGCAUUACAGCAGACUGCUCCAGACGAGGCUGCCAUUGGAGAAGAAAUUCGUGAAAUUGUCAAGAAAAAUUUCUAGCAUGUAGAUGAAAGCUUGUUCUCGAAGCUGUCGACAGAACAGGCAGUGAAUUCAUCAUUGGAACUGAUGCGAAUGUUACGCAACGAGAAUUUUGGCCUGGCUAAAUUCAUUUCAAAUGACAAAGAUGUAUUGUCUGCCAUUCCAGCCGAGGAAAGAACAAUCAAGAAUCUUGACCUGGAUAAACUUCCUGUAGAGAGAGCCCGCGGAGAACAAUGGAACAUUGAUACCUAUACGUUUGGUGUAAAGACAUCGCCGCCAUCAGGUCGAACCGGGAAUGACACACGGUGA